CCGUAAUUUUUAUUACCUACAUUUACAACUGCAUCCUUAGAUACGGGCACUUUCCCUCAAAAUGGAAGUGCGCAUACAUCUCCAUGAUUAAAAAACCCGGAAAAAGUCAUCAUGAGGUUGACUCGUAUAGGCCAAUCAGCCUCUUGGCUGGCUUCUCCAAAAUUUUUGAGGUGCUCCUAAUGAAAAGGAUGUUCAGGUGUAAGGACUUUGAGGAUGCAGUCCCCGCUCACCAGUUCGGCUUUCGGAGGGGGCACAGCACAGAGCAACAACUAUUUAGAGUGACUCAGUUCAUACAGAACGCUUUCAAACAAAAGCUUCACUGCUCUGCUGUUUUUAUAGAUGUUAGUGAAGCGUUUGACCGUGUUUGGCACCAAGGUCUGCUCUUGAAGCUCGCUAAGCUACUACCUUACUGCCUCCUCAAAACUCUUGAUAGCUACCUCACAAACCGCACAUUUAUUGUCAACGGAUACAACGGGCACCAAUCCAGAAUUGGAACCAUUGCCGCGGGUGUCCCUCAAGGCAGUGUCUUGGGACCCAUAUUAUACACAAUUUAUACAGCAGAUAUGCCGCUCCCAAGCUCCGUUGAACGAACCCUUUUCAAAGAACAGGUGGACCAUAAAUUCAUGCUGCUCUCAACAUAUGCGGAUGAUACUAUCAUCAUGUGCGCAGACAAAGCAGCGCACAUAGCUAUCAACACAAACACCACCUAUCUAUACGAAAUCACAGAAUGGGCGUCAGACUGGGGCAUUACCCUCAAUGCGAACAAAACAGUACACGUUAUGUUUUCAAACCGCACCGUCUCGGUCUCACGAGGGCCUAAGGCUCCAUUAAUUCAUGGCAAGAUAAUCCAAAGCCAUUUUAAACACCGUUACCUUGGGCUUUUACUGGACAAGAGGCUUAAACUUAACCACCAUACCACCCAACUCGCUAACAGAGUACGUGCCUCUGCCUACGGACUAAACUGGAUACUGGGGAAGCAAAGUAAGCUCCCAGCCGCAAGCAAGGCACUACUUUAUAAGCAGAUGAUUGCGCCAAUCUGGCACUAUGCCCUCCCAGUCUGGGGCCCCUUGGUCUCCAAAACUCAAUUCAAAAAAAUUGAAGUUUCCCAGAACAAAAUCUUACGCUGGGUGGUGCAAGCUGGCCGCUACACAAGAAACAAGGUUAUACAAAGCUGCUAUAAGGUAAAAUCGGCACAGGAGGUACUUGACGACGCUAGUGGCAGGCUCGCCAACUCCCUCUAUGCACACCCGAAUGCAGAAGCCAGAAAUCUUCUUAUAGAUUUAUUUACUCCAAAUAACCAGGAUCUUCCUGUGUACAGCAAACAACUUGAGACGCAUUUCGCACCUUUGCGACAACUUCUGCUCCAGCAGCCGGAACAACACCAGCAGGUAGUGCCCACAUUAAUUCGCCUUGACCAGCAACAACAAAAACAAUACAGUCUGCAGCAGGAUCAGUUGCGAGUUGAGCAGCAAGAAAACAACGCCCGACAAAGACAAGAACUUGCGAUUUCGUCUGGUACACCUCAGGAACGACCAUCGAUAGAUUGGGUCAAUCAUCAAUCACGGCUAGUCAGAAGCGGCUCAAUCAGCCGUUGGGACAUGGCUCGCAAAAUCCGCUUCCAGCCGGAAUACAUCCAAAGGCUUAUUAUGAGCCCGCUAUUACCGUCCGAGAUCCAACCGCCAACGCCAGAGGAGCAACUCGAGGCUGGCCUCAACAGGCUAAAACUGCGUCUGGAAAAGGAACUAUUAGACACAGAUGAUUCUGCCGACGUCGCCAACACGGCUACAAGGCCGGAUACUGGCGAAAUCAGUAGCUGCGAUACUUUAGGUCCUCCAGAAGUACCGACUCACACCAACUUAGCAGCGCUACUCCCUCCUGGUGCGAGAGAUAAAAUCAUAGUUAACAGCGCAUAUGAAAUUCAGCGACUUUCUGCUCACCAGCUGACUGAUACCUCUGCCGCUGCCCCAAGACUGACAGGCAACACAGACAUCAGCUCCAAUACUCCAAUGCAACCAAAUUCGAUUGCAGCUGAGAUAUCUCCUCCUAGUGCGAGAAAAAUAACUGGAGUUAAAAACCAACAGCCACGUUUGCACUGGUUUACCGCUGCUACCGAGUUUCCUACUUCUGCUCCUUUGAACCCGUUGGAAGGCACUGCCACAAACUCUGCAGCCGGACUAGCCCCAACGCUUUUAUUCGGCAACACCAUAUCUGAUGAUUGGAGCUGCGUCUCCUGCGUUCCAGACUCAUCAGCCCAACCACCGCCAUUGGCAUCAGAAACGGGGACCAGCUCGCCUCAUAGUGCACAAAGAAACUGGCAAGUCUCUGAUCGUCAGCUGAUUGGACGCUCCCUCAACGCCGGCAGCACUGCUCCAAUCCCGGCUACCGGCGAAACCACUCUGAGUUCUCCAGAAGCUCCAGCGAGCAUUGGUUUGUUUUCUCUACUCCCUCCUGCUGACCGGCGCACCUGCUGCUGCCCCAAGUCCAACAGAUGGGAAAAAUAGUCGAAACUAACAAACCAGCGACCACAAGCGCACGGGCCUGCUGCUGUCAUUGAGUUUCUUCUUAGCUGACAGGCAACGCUGACAUCAGCUCCAAUGCUCUAGGACCCCAAAAUUCGAUUGCAGCCGAGAUAUCUCCUCCUGAUGAUGCUCCACGCCUGGCUACUAACGCCAUCAUCGACUCCGCUACACUGGACUCUGAUGUGCCAGCAAACACCAACUCUGCUGCGCUUUUUUCUCCUGGUGUGAGAGAUAAGAUUACAGUCAGCAACACACACGGAAAUUGGCGAUUUCUUACUCACCCCACUGGCUCCUACUGCUUGGCUUACUGCGGGAACUGAUACUCCCACUACUGCUCCUUUGGUCCCGUUGGAUGGCAUCGCCACAAACUCCGCAGCUAGCUUCUCCCCAACAGAUGUAUCCGGCAACACCACAUCUGCUGGCUGGAGCUGCACUGAUGUCACCAAAAAUUGGCACCUACUUCAGCCUUGGUUGGCGCCUCCUGCGUUCCAGACUCUGCAGCACAAACACCGCCCACAGCAGCAAAAACGGGUCCCAAUUGGCUCCCCAGUGUGCAAGAAACCUGGCAAAUUCCUGGACACCAGCUGACUGGAUGCUCUGUAGACACUGGCAACACUGCUCCAAGCCUGGCUGCUGGCGUAAUCACUAGCUGCGUUACUCC